UGAUCUCAACGGAUCACGGUUAUUUCUUAUAGAAUACUCAACCGAGAAAGAACUCCACAAAAAAAAAGAAAAUUAACCAUAAAAGAUUUCGUAACGAAAAGAUAGUGUUUCAAAAAUUUAACUUAAAACCAUCAUGUUAGAGACUCCAAUAAUAGAUGAAUUGGGUUACAAUGAGAAGACGCAGAAAGAAUGGAAGAUAACGGCGUCCAAAGCUGCAAAAAAUUGCAAGAAUUAUAUCAGAGAUAUCGUGGACAAUUUGAAUUUAGAACCUAAUCCAGAAAAGAAAGUUAUAGCACUCUCAUUAGGUGAUCCCACAGUUUAUGGAAACUUAAAACCAUCUCAAGAAACACUCGAAUCAAUUUUAGAGGUUAUAAAUGAGUGUUCAUCAAACGGUUAUGCUCCAUGCGUUGGUUAUGAAUCAGCAAGAUUAGCCGUGGCAGAGUAUUUAUCACAUGAUGGCGUUGAAAUUUCUCCAAAAGAUAUUAUUUUAUGCAGCGGUUGUUCAUCAGCUUUAGAUUUAUGUAUAAGCGUUUUAGCUGAUGCAGGGAAAAAUCACAACAUUUUAAUGCCACGACCGGGAUUUCCAAUUUAUCGAACUUUGGCGGAAAGUAAUGGUGUUAAAGUAAAAACUUAUAAUUUGUUAUCAGAAAAGAAUUGGCAAGUUGAUUUGUACGAUUUGGAAUCGCAAAUUGAUGAAAAUACUUCCGCUAUUGUCGUAAAUAAUCCAUCGAAUCCGUGUGGAUCAGUUUUCGAUGAAGAACAUCUCGCGAAAAUUUUAAACAUCGCCCGGAAAUAUCAAGUUCCGGUUAUUGCGGAUGAAAUUUAUGAACGCUUGGUGUUUCCUGAGAAAAAAUUCGUUUCAAUGGCCUCUUUGGAAUCUGGAGUGCCAAUGUUGAUUUGUGGCGGAUUGGCAAAGAGGUUUUUAAUUCCCGGAUGGCGUAUGGGCUGGAUUGUUAUCCACGACCCAGUUAAUGCUUUAGAUGAAAUUAAGAAAGGAUUGUUAUGUCUUAGCCAAAAAACCAUCGGUAGUAACACAAUCGUUCAAGGAGCUUUACCUAAAAUAUUGAAAACACCACAAAAUUUUCACGACGAUUUAAUUAACACCCUUUGCGAAAACGCCACGUUAACUUUUGACCAAAUUAAAGAUAUUCCAGGUUUAAUUCCUUACAUGCCUGAUGGUGCUAUGUAUAUGAUGGUUAAGAUUUGCCUUGAACAUUUUCCACAAUUCCAAACUGGAUUGCAGUUUGUUAGGAGGUUAAUGGAGGAAGAAUCGGUGUUUUGUUUACCAGGGGAUUGUUUUGAACUCCCAGGAUUUAUGAGAUUGGUUAUAACCUUACCUUCGGAAUUAAUGCUGGAAGCUGGAGAUCGCAUUAAAGCAUUUUGCAACAAAUACUAUACCUGAUAUAAUCUAAUUAAAUGCGUCGUUGAAUUUCUUAGGAAUAACUUAAGAAGUAACAUUCAGUGAAAUUAUAUUUAGUGAAAAAAAAAUUUAAGGUUUUAAUCUACCUCAACACUUAAGUUCAUAAUCUCUCGUUAUCCGUUUAUUGCUUAACACAAAA